AUGACUUGGUUAACGGCAGAAGCUCCCCUUAUUGACUGGCAGCAGGGACUAAUCACCUUCCCUGAACAAGCACAGAUUGCCUCUGAGGAAGAAGCGGACCCAGAUCCUUUAGCAGACCUUCCCCCUCAGUACCAUGAGUUUGCUAAAGUUUUUGGCGAAGAAGAAUUUAAGGUCCUACCCCCUCACAGGGAAUACAAUAUCGCAAUAGACCUUGUUCCUGAUGCCAAACUCUCCCCAGGACCAAUUUACGGAAUGACUGACGCAGAAUCAAGAGCGCUAAAGCAGCAUAUUGAUGAAGAACUGGCCACGGGCAAAAUUUGUCCUAGUACCUCUUCGGCUGGCGCCCCCGUUAUGUUUGUCAAAAAGGCGGAUGGUUCCCUUAGAUUGGUGGUUGAUUACAGGAAGUUGAAUGAUGUCACCCAUAAAAAUGUCUACCCACUUCCCAGGCAAGACGACCUCAUGGCCAAGUUGAGGCAUGCCAAGAUAUUCACCAAGCUGGACCUACGCUGGGGAUAUAAUAACGUCCGAAUUAAGGAAGGAGAUGAAUGGAAGACAGCGUUUAGAACAAAGUACGGGCUAUUUGAAUACCUGGUGAUGCCCUUCGGCCUUACCAACGCCCCGGCUGCCUUUCAACAUUUUAUGAACGACCUGUUCAGGGAUCUGAUUGACGUCACAGUGGUGAUUUACCUGGAUGAUAUUCUCAUUUUCUCAGAAAACCCAGAAGACCAUCCAACCCAUGUCAGAGAAGUACUGUCUCGACUCAUGAAGAACCAGCUUUUUUGCAAACUGUCAAAAUGUCACUUCCACGUCACUACGGUCGAUUAUCUUGGCAUUGUUAUAUCCCCAUCAGGCUUCUCCAUGGAUCAAAAGAAGGUAGAGGCAGUUACAUCAUGGCCUCAACCCAGAACGGUCAAACAGGUCCAGGCUUUUUUGGGCUUUGUUAACUACCUCCAACGGUUCAUCCCCAAUUUCAGUUCAGUAGCACGCCCUCUGCACAACCUUACCAGAAAGGAAACCCCCUGGUCAUGGGGCAACCUAGAGGAAGCAGCAUUCCAGGAGUUGAAGGUUCUUGUUACCAAGUCGCCGGUUCUCAUCCAUUCCAACCCAGAACUCCCCUAUUAUCUUGAGACCAACGCCUCAGGGGUUGCAAUGGGAGCCAUUCUUAGUCAACGGGGCUCAGAUAACCGACUACAUCCAAUUGCCUACAUGUCAAAAUCGUUCUUGGGGGCAGAAGCCAACUAUGACACCCAUGAUAAAGAACUUCUGGCUAUCAUCAAGGCAUUGGAAGAAUGGAGGAUUUUCCUAGAAGCAACAGAUAAACCAAUCCAGGUACACGCGCGAUGGCGCAUCUUCCUGAGCGACUUCAAUUUUGAGAUCCACUAUUGCCCAGGAAAGCAGUUGGGAAAACCAGAUGCCUUAUCUAGACGGUCGGACUAUAUCGAUGCACCCCAGGAACCGGAAAUCAUGCUACCCGCCAAAGUCUUUGCCAACACUUCAGAAGAAGAACUGGAAAUAGUCACGGAAACGUCUAGGACAGACCCCUCCCUUGAGCCGAUCAUACAGUUUUUGACAGAAGAUGCAGACAAUGCACCUCCCUCAAUCCAAAAAGCCUAUCAAGACUAUGACUGGGAAGAAGAGCUAUUAUGGUACCGCGGAAAAUUAGUUGUCCCAGACUUGGAAUCCCUCAAGGAACGGAUAUUGAAGGAAUACCAUGACUCCCCGCUGGCAGGACACCCAGGACAGCAAAGGACGCUUGAACUUAUCAGCAGAUCCUAUUGGUGGCCCGGAAUGAAAUCCUCAGCCAAAGAAUGGGUCGAGUGUUGUCCGACUUGCCAAGCAAACCGCCGCGCCCGCGUACCUAUCAUUGCGCUAAAACCCUUGGAAGUUCCCCCCUUUCCUUUUCACACAAUAUCCUACGAUUUCAUCACGGGAUUCCCCAAAUCUAAUGGGCACGAUGCAAUUCUGGUGGUAAUUGAUUCCUUCUCCAAGUUUGGUCAUUUUAUCCCAACCACAAAGAAGGUCACGGCCAAGGGACUAGCGGACCUAUUCAUUACCCACGUUUGGAAGUCACACGGACUGCCGGUCAGAACAAUCUCAGACCGCGGGACAACGUUCACAGGGAAAUUCCUAAGAGCUCUAUACCAACGCCUUGGGAUCAAGCCCUCAUUCUCAUUGGCCUACCAUCCGGAGUCAGACGGCCAAACAGAAAGGGUGAAUCAAUUCAUUGAGUUCUACCUGAGAUCAUACGUAGCAGCAGACCAUUUGGACUGGGCCUCCUGGUUGCUGUUAGCGGAAUACGCGUACAACAACGCUAAACACUCCGCCACCAGGAAAACCCCGUUUGAAUUGGUUUAUGGAAGAAAUCCGGUCAUGAACCCUUCCAACGUCCCAGCUAAUGUACCAGAAGCUGACAACGUGGCUGAUACUCUGGCACAAGAAUGGAGGGAAGCAGAAUCCGCCCUGAGAAUGACAAAGGAAAGAAUGGCAGGAACCAAGGGAGUGACCCCGGAAUAUUCCAUUGGAGAAAAAGUUUGGCUAGACGCAAAAAAUGUGGAGAUACGUUCUAACUCCAACAAACUGGACCCAAGACGCCUAGGCCCCUUCAAAAUCACCAAAAAAAUCUCCAGCCAUGCGUAUUGCCUGGAACUCCCUGCAACCAUGAAAAUCCAUGACGUAUUCUAUGUAGGGUUACUGUCCAAAGUCCACGAGUCCCCAAGCCAACCACUUCCGGAACGCCCUCCUCCUGAAACAGUAGAAGGAGAGGAAGAAUACGAAGUAGAGCAAAUUAUUGACUCUAAAAGACAACGUGGAAAGUGGUUCUACCUGAUCAAAUGGAAAGGAUAUGGCCCAGAAGACAACUCAUGGGAACCAGAAGAACUACUGGAACACAGCCAAGAAGAGAUAAAGCAAUUCAACCAAGCUAGACUCAGAAAGGCUCGUGACGCCGCCAAGAGCCUUUAA